UACUACGCAACAAUCCAUGUGUGGUGCUUAAUUUUCCAUUCACUUGAUUUGCGGGGGGAAAUUGUUGGUGUUGAGCUUUUCAGAAAAGAAGGGCACAAUCUGUAUCUGUUCAAGGAAGUUGGAUUUGUGUUAUUGUUGUAUAAGAAAGACUCAUUUUGGCAUCAGCAAUAUACGGAAGAGAAGGUAGUCCUGAAAGUCUUCCGGUCGCUUCUUACAGAUGCUACAGCUUUGAGGAUAUCAAUCUGCAGACAGGAUGACAUCAACGAUGUGGAGGUCGGCACUGCGAACGUUUACCAAAAAGAUUCUCCACACCAACAGUGUGAGGGCGCCCCAGAUCCGGUUCCUUUCAGGGUCUACUGCGUUUUGUCAGUCCUACUCCCCUAUCGGUAGUCUAGACCAACCUAGAAUUCUUAUUACAGGGGGUCUUGGUCAGCUUGGUCAGGGGUUAGCGAAGGUGCUGAGAAAGAGAUACGGUCGAGACAACGUUAUUCUGACAGACAUCGUCAAACCUCCCAGGCACAUUGUGGAUGCAGGUCCAUAUGCUUUUGUUGAUGUACUGGAUUUCAGAAAUCUCCAAGAGAUAAUCGUCAAUGAGAGCAUCGACUGGAUGGUUCAUUUUAGUGCAGUUCUCAGUGCUGUUGGUGAACAGAAUGUUCCAUUGGCCAUCAAAGUCAACAUCCAAGGUCUUCACAACGUGAUGGAGCUUGCCAAGAUGUAUGAGCUCCGCAUCUUCUGUCCCAGUACCAUCGGUGCCUUCGGACCGCAGUCGCCCCGUGAGUUGACCCCUGACCUGACCAUUCAGAGGCCCAGGACAAUCUAUGGUGUGGCUAAGGUCCAUGCAGAACUCUUAGGAGAGUAUUACCAUCACAAGUUUGGUGUAGACUUCAGAUCUCUGAGGUUACCAGGGGUCAUCUCUGGGGACACUGCCCCAGGCGGGGGUACAACAGAUUAUGCUGUUUCCAUAUUUGACCACGCUCUUCAGUCCGGCCACUUUGACUGUUACCUGCGUUCGGACACCGUGCUCCCCAUGAUUUACAUCAAGGAUUGUCUCCGAGCCAUCGUUGAGAUGCUGGAAGCUCCGGAGGAGUUGCUCGGGUUACGGACCUACAACAUCAAUGCCAUCAGCUUCAAUCCUGAGGAGAUAGCGGAAGCCAUCAGGAAAUACAUCCCAGAGUUCACGGUGGACUAUAAACCAGAUGACAGACAGAGUAUCGCGGACUCAUGGCCCAAACGCCUUGACGACGCCCAGGCAAGGCAGGAUUGGAAAUGGACCCACAGAUACGACAUGGAUGCCUUAGUCCAGGUCAUGUUAGAGGUCGUCAGCAAGCGUCUUGGGAUCUCGACAUCAACGACCACCACAACGAAAGCUACUGGAGUGCAGUGAUUAAAACUGAAAUAUUUAUUCACUUCUUUGGUGUGAAGUCUU